GUGUGCGCCAGUGAUACGGCCGACGGGCACAGGGACCUUCUGCGUCGCGCCUUCAGGUGCGGGUUAGCUGAGAGGCUCGGACCUGAUUCCGGGUCCGGCCCAGCACCUCGAGAGGGGAGCCCAGCCCCCAUGGCAGCCGCAGGUGUAUCCUGAGGACUUCCUGGAGGAGGCGACGCGGCUGGAGUCGGAGGCAGCGAGCUUAGCCUGAUGGCCGGGAUCCUGCACCACCUCAGAGACCAGGCCAUGGAAGCCGUGUUCCUGCCAGUCCUGUGGAAGGGGUUGCUGGCCUUUGAGGACGUGGCUGUGUACUUCACCAGGGAAGAGUGGGACGCACUGCACUGGCCUCAGAAGGCCCUCUACAGAGACGUGAUGCUGGACAACUACAGAAACGUGCUCUCCUUGGGAUUUCAGUUUCCCAAACCUGAGGUGAUCUGUCAGCUGGAGCAGUGGGAAGAGCCGUGGAUCCUGGAUCUACCGCAAGCUGGGACUAGGAAGGCUUCCGGUAGUGCUUGCCCAGGUCCUGAAGCCAGAUUCAAGAUGAAAGAGCUAACUCCAAAGCAGAACAUUUCUGAAGAUUUAGAGUCAUGUAAGAUGUCACUGGUAAAACAGAAAAUGGCCAGGAAACCCUUAGAAAAGUUACUUGAAUGUAACGAAUUUGUGGACAUUUACCGACUUUCACUCCCUACUAUUGGUGAUGAAUGCUGUAAGGACUUCCUUCAAAACCUUAACCUUAUUCAAGAUCGGAAAGCUCAGGCAAGGACGAAGCAGGGCAAAUAUGAUGAGUAUGGAAAACCCUUCCAUCAGAGAUCACUGCUUUUGAGGCAUAAGCGAAUUCUUACAAAUGCAAAAUCUUAUGAAUGCAGCGAAUGUGGAAGAGCCUUCCAGCGUCAGGCAAAUUUUGUUCGACAUCAAAGAAUUCACAGUUCAGAGGAUCCCUUUGAGUGCGACAUAUGUGGGCAGGCCUUCAAACAGAAGUCUGCUCUGAUUGUCCACAAACAGUGUCACUCACAAAAAAAGCCAUAUAAAUGUCAUGACUGUGGAAAGUGUUUCCGUCAGAUGGCGUAUCUUGUUGAACAUAGGAGGAUCCAUACCAAAGAAAAACCCUAUAAAUGUAGCGAAUGUGAAAGAACAUUUAGUCAGAAUUCAACCCUUAUUCGACAUCAGUUAAUCCACAGUGGAGAGAAACCCCAUAAAUGCAUUGAAUGUGGAAAAGCCUUUGGCCGGCAUUCAACCCUUAUGAGCCAUCGACAAAUUCACAAUAAACAGAACACUCAUAAAUGCAGUGAAUGUGGUGAAUCCUUUGGUCGGAAUGUAGAUCUCAUUCAGCAUCAAAGAAUCCAUACCAAGGAGGAAUUCUUUGAAUGUAGAGAAUGUGGGAAAACUUUUAGUUUUAAGGCAAAUCUUCAUCGACAUGAGGUCAUUCAUACUGGAGAGAGACCCUACAGAUGUGACAAAUGUGGAAAAUCUUUCAGCUGGCGCACAAGCUUUAUUAAGCAUCAGGGUACUCACAGACAGCAGAUACCUAUGUGAUAGUAACCAGAAAAGCUACCAUUUAAAGACCAGAACUUAACCACUCUUGCAAGUAUGUGUAACUCAAUUGUUUUAUGAAAAUUAAUAAACAGGAACUGAAAUGGUUUUUCUGUGGGGACCCUCUCUUCGUAGCUAACCUUCUUGCUACAGUCAAGAAUUACUUAAUAGGGCUUCCCUGGUGGCGCAGUGGUUGAGAAUCUGCCUGCCAAUGCAGGGGACACGGGUUCGAGCCCUGGUCUGGGAAGAUCCCACAUGCCGUGGAGCAACUGGGCCCAUGAGCCACAACUGCUGAGCCUGCGCGUCUGGAGCCUGUGCUUCGCAACAAGAGAGGCCGCGAUAGUGAGAGGCCCGCGCACCGCGAUGAAGAGUGGCCCCCGCUUGCCACAACUAGAGAAAGCCCUCACACAUAAACGAAGACCCAACACAGCCAUAGAAAAUAAAUAAAUAAAAUAAAAUAAAAUAAUUAAAAAAAAAAAAAAAAAAAAAGAAUUACUUAAUAGAGGACUUCCCUGGCUGUCCAGUGGUUAGGACUCUGCACUUCCAACACAGGGGGCAUGGGUUCGGUCCCUGGUCAGGGAACUAAGAUCCCACAUGCCGUGCAGCACAGCGAAAAAACAAAACAAUAAAACUGGAUUUAAAUCAAAAAAAAAAAAAAAAGAAUUACUUAAUAGAAAUGUCAUAGGCUGUCGUGUCCAGUUUCCCUGGGUCCCCUUUACCUUCAUUUCCCUGAGUUAAGUCAAGGCAGAUGGAAGGCUUAGAAGUUUUACUCUGUGGUCCCCCAGGCUGGAGACCAUUUUCUGGAUCGUGAACGAUCUAAGAAUGCCUUUCUUGGUUUCAUACUGAAAAAUCACCUGAGAUUGUAUAGACGUUUUAAAAAUAAAGUAAGGGCUACCCACUAGUACUACUGAGAUAUUAAGAAUUACCGAAAUUUACCCAGAAACUAAAAUCAGUGUGCUACUGGGUUCUACUGAGAGUUCGAAGUCAGUGUUCAGAGCAGAUGCUUGUUAGUGCCCCGCCCCACCCCCACCCCCCCCACGGCACCGGCCUUGCCCCUGCCGUGUGCUCAUCCCACUUGCACUAUCUGUGUCUCUUGGGCUGCGGGCUUUUUCGAAAACCACGAAAGACCACUGCUCUGGGGGCAGCCCUCAACCACGCUUGAUGGGAUUCUGACGAAUACCAGAUCUCCCUCUCCCCUAGGGUGGAACAUCUGUGAAGCAUGUGUUUCACACUGUUUUCAGAGUCUUUCCAUGGGAUGACGCACAUUCCCUCUCCGUGGUAGCUGCUUUAUUAGCUGUCUGCCCUUCUCUGUGUCCCUUCUAACUCCCCUACCGGUAUUUCAACACCUCUUCUCCCCACGAGUAAAUUGCUGCUGUUAGACCCUCUCAUGUUAAUCAAAUCCCUUGAUUUUAUUAUUUUCUGGUCCUUACCAAGUUCCAUGAUUUCUUACCCAGCACAUAAAAACAAAGUUCUAUUGGGAAUGAGAAGAAAGUAAGUGGCACCCCAUAAAAUGAAGGAACCUUCAACUUUGCAGGAGGAAAAUAAUAAGUGUUAGAUUAUAUACUGGGUUCAGUAUCAGUACUUUUGUACCAAGCGGCAGGAAUUGGCUGGAAGGAAAGGCUGCCAAACUGUAUUUCCCCGAACAAAAUUAAGAAGUCAAGGCCUGACAAGAGGAAGUAAGCCAAUGAGAGAGAAUUCUUGCUCACAACCACCUUUGGAGUUGGGGACCUGUGAAAGCAGAUCCAGGCUUGAGUACACAGUCUGGCUCAGGCUACUGAAUCUAUUUUGUGUAGAUGAUGUACAUGCUUCUAGCUUUUCAGAAAGAGAGAGGGUACAGCUAAGGAUCCAGGGGUAACAUGGAAAUGCCUACCUUCAGCCACAUCUGUCCCAAGGAGGAGAAAAGAGCUGCACUCUUCAAUAUGGCGGCCACUAGCCAUAUGAGCCUAUUUAAAUUAAAAUUUUAAAAAGUUAAAAACCGUCCUCAAAUCAAAAGCCACAUUUCAAGAUCAGCACAAUGACAACAUUCCCGUCAUCCCAGGCUUAUUGGACAGCCCUGCUGGAGACACCCUAAGGACUUCUUAUGGAGGCACAAGGGAGCUUGUAUUUGGUGCCACUUCUUUCUCUACAACUAAAUUAAAUGGCCUUCCUUUCCCUUUAUAAAUGGCCCCUAUAAAAUGUUUUA